ACCCCAGAACCAUAGAUCAUGCCAAGGCCCUAACACCACAUCCACCCAUCUAUCCGCCAUCUUCAGACCGAACACUAACCUUAGAUCCACCAAUCUCACCUCGGAACAAACCAUCUUCAGAGCAAACCCUAACCCUAGAUCCACCAAUCUCACCCCCAGAAAGCACCAUCUUCAGAGCAAACCCUAUCCACCUAUCUCUCCUCAGAACACGCCAUAUUCAGACAAAGCCCUCACCCUAGGCCAUCACCAUCCGCUCCAGAACAUCAUAGUGAUGCGCCAUGGGGAUCGACUGGAUGCGUUAAAGCGCUCGUGGAAGCAAACUGCUCAGAGGCCUUGGGAUCCUCCUCUCACCGUUGCAGGAACCUUCAAUUCUUUAUGGAGUGGAGGAAUACUUAGAAAGGAAGGGUUUCAGAUCCAUAGGGUUCUGGUUUCUCCAUUUUUGAGGUGUAUUCAAACUGCUUCGGUGGUCAUUGCUGCUCUCUGUGCAAGCGAGGAGGGCCUUCAUGUGUUCAUGACUAAGCUUGGGGCGUUGGAGAUUCAUCCAUCAGAGUUCAUGGAGCGCCUUGCUGAGUUCACCAGUAAGAAUGUGGUGUUUGAUCCUACUAAGAUAAAUGUCUCAAUAGAGUAUGGACUUUGUGAAGCCUUGUGCGGGUUGUCCAUAAAGCCAGAAGUGAUUCCUAAAGAUGGGAAUUGGUUCGCUGAUGUUUCUGAGCUUGAAACUUUGUUACCUCAGGGAAUUGUUGAUCGUUUUGUUGAAUGUGUGUACCCAAAGUUGCCGCAAUGGGAGGAGAAACAGAAAGUGUGGUGCAGAAGACUCAAAAGCGUCAUUCGGUCUCUUGCAGACAAAUUCCCCAAUGAAAAUCUGUUACUCAUCACUCAUGUUUGCUUCCACGAGCGCUUCAACACAUCUAGUCGAUCCCCAUGGUGCAUCACUAUGAUGUUCUGGAGUUGAUGGUCAUGGCCUAGGAUGAGGGCUUUCUCUGAAUAUGGCGUGUUCUGAGGUGAGACAAGUGGAUGUAAGGUUAGGGUUUGCUCUGAAGAUGGAGCUUUCUGGGUUGAGAUUGGUGGAUCUAGGGUUAGGGUUUGCUCUAAAGAUAGCUUCUUUCGAGGUGAGAUUGGUUGAUCUAAGGUUAGGGUUUGGUCAGAAGACGGCGGGGAGAUGGGUGGAUCUAGUGUUAGGGCCUUGGCAUGAUCCAUGGUUCUCGGGUCUGCUCUUGGGAAAGCUAAAGUUUUGUGUCGGGGUCCACCUGCCUCUGUAUUUAAACAAAUAAUAUACCAUGUGACCCCACUUCUCUUGUUUAUUAGCCGAUCGGACGGCUGAGAUUGUUCAUUUCACAUGUUAACUUACAGUUUUAAUUUUUUAUAGAAUUUUUAGUGAAAUAAUAUUUUGGGUGUGGUUUGUAUAGCGCCAA